AGCAUGGAGGGAUACCCUGAUAGGAAUAUCUCCCACACAAGCUUCAUUCUAAUGGGCUUUCAUGGUCUGAAAGAGGGGAGAAGACUCCUUUUCAUCCCUUUUUUCCUCAUGUUUUUGUUAUCGCUUUUUGCAAACUCAAUGCUAAUCUUUAUCAUCACAUCAACAAGGACUUUGCAUUCUCCAAUGUAUAUCCUAAUUGGGGUUAUGGCAGUUGUGGACUUCAUUCUACCAAUAUUCUUCGUCCCACAUAUGCUACUCAGCUUUUUAUUAGAUUGGAAUGGUAUCUCUUUGGUCGGAUGUCUGACGCAGAUGUUCCAUAUUCAUUUCAUUGGCUCAUUCCAGUCAACUCUCCUGGUAUGGAUGGCCCUUGAUCGUUACUUUGCCAUAUGCAUGCCUUUACGCUAUAAUGACUUUAUGGCUGUUACUCCUUUCCUGAAGUUCGUCAUAGCUCCUGUGUUGAGAAAUGCCAUUUUAAAUUUAGCAAUGGUCAGCCUGGCCGGAUCUCGGUCCUACUGCCUGUCCAACGUGAUCCAUCACUGUUUCUGUGAACACAUGGCUUUGGUUAACCUUGGCUGUGGGGACAUAUCCACCAGCAACAUUGUAGGACUCAUAGCUGCUCUCAGCAUCCCAACGGCUGACUUUUUCAUCAUCACAGCAUCCUAUGUCAAAAUAUUCAUUUCUGUUUUAAAGUCUGGGAAAUCUCACCAGAAAGCCCUCAGCACCUGUGUUACGCAUAUAAUCGUUAUAACAGUGAGUUUAAUAUUUGCCUUGACGGCGUUCCUUUCAUACAGAAUAAAUAAUAAUAUGUCAUCUGACAGCCGUGUUUUUGUCAGUACAAUGUAUUUGCUUUUCCCUAGCUGUUUCAACCCAGUGAUUUAUGGUAUCAGGACAAAUGAAAUUAGACAACAGAUACUGAAAGUCAUGAAAUGUGGAAAGAUUGCCCCAGUUUCCGUGAGGUGA